UGCCAGGUCAUGUGAGAGAUCACUUACCAAACCAAAAGUCUAUUCUAUUCUCGUGCAUGCCAACAACAAUAACAUCUUAGACCUCACAAAUGCCUCCCAGAUCCCUUGUCGACCUCUCGCAUCCCCUCACGCCUCAGACGACCGUCUACCCCGGAGAUCCCCCCUUCGCGAUGCACAGUGUGUGCAGCAUCCCCACUGACGGAUACACUGUACAUGCUGUCUCGCUCGGAACGCACACAGGGACGCAUGUCGAUGCUCCGUUUCACUUUUUCGCGCAGGGCCAAAAGUUGCAUGAGCUCUCUCUCGAGCGAUUCGUGGGGCGUGGUUUGAUCGUCGAUGUGAGGCACCUAGCGCAGGCGAGGGGGCACAUUGAGUGGCGGGACGUGCGAGAGAGCCUCGAUAGGGCUACUGCUAGUACUGGUGGGACGAUUGCUUCCCUUGGGCCGCGGUCGGAAGGGAAGAUCGAUAUGGUGCUGUUCUGGACGGGGUGGGACGGAUGGUGGGGCGAGCGGAAGUACUUUGAUCAUCCGUAUUUUGGGAAAGAUGUCGCUGAGGGGCUUGUGGAGAUGGGGGUGCGGCUUGUGGGCGUUGAUACGCUGAGCCCGGAUGAGACUGUUCUUGUGCAGGGAGGAGGGGAGGAGAGGGACGAUGCGUUUGCGAUGCAUGAGGUUCUUUUGGGCCGUGGAUGUUUGAUAUGCGAGAAUUUGACGAAUUUGGGGGGGCUUGUAGGUGGAGAGGGGGAGGUAUGGGUGAGUCUUGUGCCUCUGAGCUUACACGGUGCGGAUGGGGCUCCUGUCCGGGCAUACGGGUGGAUGGAGGAAAUUAGGUAGACGAUGUACAUUCUUGUCUUGGCAUGAAUACAAAUAUAC